CCUAAUUGUUGUGAUAAACUUAUUAAAUAGAAGUUUUGUCAGUACAGCAUGAAGUUCCACCUAUUCCGUUAUCUUCUCAGCCCAGAGGACCUGUUGCAAUUUAAGACACACCAAUACGAUUGCAGAGGCAAAGGAUGCAUCGAGCAAUACAUGGAUGCUUUUGCAGCGAGAGUAGUGGUUCCUCGAAUUCCGAAAUGGGUGGCACCAAAUAUGAUUACAUUGCUGGGCUUUAUCAUUCAUAGCAUUGCAGCUGUGAAUGUCAUCCUCAACGACAGGGCCUCUUUUGCAUACUUAAUAUCGGAAGCCAACAGUAUUUUCUACAUGAUUUCACUGUUCAUAUACGGGGUGUUGGAUUCUGCUGAUGGUGCACAAGCUAGAAGAAUUGGCUGCUCCACGCCUAUGGGCGAACUAUUUGACCAUGGAAUGGACGCUAUCACAAUGGGCUUGGUAGUGUUGUCUGUUUGUUCGCUACUGCGCUUCAGCUACUUCAAAGUGAGGCUGUUCAUGUUCUGUCUGGGCGGAAACUUCCUUUUCUUCCUCACUCACUGGAGGUCAUUCACCUUCGGACAUCUUCAGUUCUCAAAGGUUGAUGCCGUAGAAGGUCAGUUCUUCGUACAAUUCCUGUUCCUCAUGAAUGUCCUGUUGGGCUUUGACUUCUUCUGGUUUGAACUGCCGACUCCUUCCUUCAUUGACGAAUUCCUCUUGAGAAGAAUGGAAGUGGCAGACGUGAUCUUCUUCGCCCUGGUUGUGUUUUGCACCAUCAAUAUCGUGACACAGGUGUACGAAAUAUGCUUUGUCAAUGGACGAAUCACUUACGCUGGCUUGAGAACGUACUCGCCGCUGCCGUGGCUGUUGACUGUGAUUGUGUUGGCAUUCGUCAACUAUCUGCUGGUGUCCUACUUCAUCUACGACUACAUACCCCAGUUCUUCACCAUCACUGUCAUCGCACCCCUCGUCAAACUGUCCUGGACUGUAAUCAUGUGCUACAUGGCCAGAUGUGCAGUGCCCGCAUUUGAUGUCUGUGUGAUUCCAUCGAUCGUCUUGCUAAUGUGGUUCAUCUUCCUCAGAAACGGCCUGUUCAUGGACUACAUUACACGACCUAACUUGGUCUUAAAUUCCCUAUGCACUAUCUCCAUUCUGGAUUUUGUGUAUUUUGCGGGAUCGAACUUGCUGCUGAUUAGUCGGGAGUUGGGCUACCCUCUGUUGACAGUGAAGAACUACUACCACCAGGUGACAACACUUCCUAUGUAAAAAGCGACACAAGAGAAGUCACAAAAGUUCAGAUUAUUCAUCCACCUCUGGUCUUAAGAGAGGCGAACAAACAAACUGAAAUGUAGCAAUUUUCAUACUUGAAGAAGUGAAAGCCAGUUUUUUAAUACAGAUCAGUGUUCUUUAAAUUUUCCGAAGCUGACUGAUUUUCUCGAAGUUUCUUUUGAUAUAUAAGUUUUGAUUGGCAUUCGCUCCUUCGGGUAUGAGGGUUUCCCCCAAACUGAAAUGCAAAGUAAAACUACUGUAACAUAUUUCACAUUUGCUUCUGCAUAGCGUCGGAGGCUGGCUGUAAAACGUUGCCGAUCCAAAAUCAUCCCGUUAUAUAGAAAUUUGUUUGCUCAAAAGAUAUAUUUUGGACAAAUGUUAAAGACAAUAUGUUUUGAGGUGUGGGUCGGUAACAGAGAUACAGUGUUUCCGUCUUAAACAGAAGGCCAUACAAUGAAAAUAUACAAGCUAAAGUUAGAAUUUAAAUCAUUGAAUCUGGUAGAAAUUUGGCUUAAUUGCACUAGAAAUUUGGCUUAAUUGCACUAGAAAUAUGAACAAGUUCAUCUUCGAUAUUAUUUUAAUGUCUUACAAUCUUGGGUAUGAGAUUUGCUCAAGUUUGAUUAAUUCAAUUUCGUUGUACAUAAUUUCAAAUUUAUUUCAAUUUGAUUAUAAAUGUGGUCGUGCUAAGAUUAUACUUUUUGUAUUUGUAAUAAUCUUUGCUAAAUAGUGUUGACUUUAUCAAAGUAAAAACUUAAACCAAGCUUCCUUUGUUCCAAAAUCCUCCUUUGUUGCUGUAAAUGCGCUUUUUAAAAUUCAAAAAGCUUGAUGUUCAAAACAGCUGGAAUGAGUUUAUUCCAUAUCAGUGUAUAUGAUUUCGAUGCAAUCAAAUGUACAAUUUUAGAGACUUCAAAGAUUGCUUCUCUUGCUCAGAAUUGAAGGGUUCAAAUAUUGA